AGCCAUGCAGGGACAGUCCGUUGAUGAACCCAGGGACAAAAAUGCGAGGCUUCCGUCCGAGCGAGGCCCUUCGACGGCCUCAUCUAUGUGUCUAGGGGGAUCUCAAGCAACAGCAUUACCGCAGGCACAUAGCGAGCGGGUUUUCGACCUAGCCUUCGACAAAUCCAACAGGUGGAUGGCCUCAGCCUCUGAUGCUGAAGAUGUGAAAAUUUGGGACGUCGCAGCUAGUGGAGAAGUGCCGAAACUUUUGCAGAGGCUCCCGCAUGCAGCUGAAGUGCUUCGAGUUGCCUGGAAAGGGCAACCGAGGGAUGGAGAGCAAUCGAGGGAUGGAGAAAGGGUUGCUGAUCUUCCGAACACAACAUCAUGGUUUGCCACUGGUACCGCCGCAGGAGCUGUACGUAUAUAUUGUGUGGCAGCACAGGCGAAAAGCGAGAGAAAUCCGAAUAAGAGUCAUGACCAAAAGGAAGCUGGUGCGACCUUUGCCUUAAAAACCGAAUUUGCGCAUCCCGGCCCGGAUCAGCAAAUUUAUGCACUUCUUUGGCUCGAGACUACAGAACUGAAUUCUCAGCCUUCACUCAUGACGGCUGCGGACGACAAAAUCUACUGGUGGGACGUGGAGAACCAGAGCUUGACUAACACGUGGGCCUUCGACUCCGUGGCUCCAACGACAGAGCCAGGAAAUCGGGCGGCCUACGGCGGCGUA